CGGCUACCAGGGCCGGCCCCGGGACUCGCUGAGGCCAUAAAUAGCCCCGGGAGGUGGCACAGCCCACUUCCAUGCUGGGGAAGAGAUAGAGCAGGUCUCGAUGAUGGCAUCUGGGCUGCUAAGGGCCGAGGCAAGCUGUCUGAGACCGCUGUGCAGGAAUUUUGCCCGUGGAUUCUGUCGGUGGGGCCAGAGCUGCCGCUUCUCACAUGACACAAAAUCAGCCCAGGUCUGCAGGUACUUCCAGCGUGGGUUUUGCCUUUAUGGAGAGCAGUGCAGCUACCAGCACAUGCAGGAGGAGCCAGCCCCAGUAGGGACCCAGUAUGGUCUGAUGCCCCACGACCACUGGGACCAGGAGCCUGGCACUGAGCCCACAGCCAUGGACCAGGACCAGGGGGGAACCCAGCGCACCUCAGCCCAUCCUGCCUGCAGCAUGACGUGUGUGGCCUCCGAGUCCCCCAAAGUGGAGGUAGAAGUGGAAGAGGAAGACAAGAAGAACAUCUCAGCACUUGGCUUCCAGCCACAAGGGCCAGCACUGGAUCCAGGCUUCUCUGACCCCAGAGAGGAGGUUUCGGAGACAGCGACAUGGACUGACCCUGCAAAGGUCCCUGCAGAGCCAGGUGCAGUGGCAGCCCUGGUCACCACUGCAGCACUGAGAGCCCAAAGCGAGGCCAUAGUGUGUGGCAUCUGCAUGGACAGGGUGUACGAGAAGCCGCUGCCAGAGGAGCGGCUCUUCGGGAUCCUCCCGAACUGCAGCCACGCGUACUGCGUGGGGUGCAUCCGCAAGUGGCGGCGCAGCCGGGACUUCCAGAGCAAGGUCAUAAAGGCCUGUCCAGAGUGCCGGAUCACCUCCAGUUACUACAUCCCCCACAAAUACUGGAUCUCAGAUGUGGAUGAGAAGGAGAAGCUCAUCAGAACCUUCAAGGCACGGACAGGGAAAAUCAGGUGCAAAUUCUUCAUCCGUGGCCACUGCCCUUUCAGAUCAGAGUGCAUCUACCUGCACGAGCUGCCCGCCCGCCAGCUGCGGCGGCACAGACGGCAGCGGCUGAGGAUGCCCGCUGUGUUCAUCCCUUCUUCCUCGGAGAGCUCUGACGAGGAGGAUGAGUUCUGCACACUCGAGUGGGCUCUUACCCUGGCCAUGAUGGAGACAGAAUUUCCCUACUCAAGUUAUGGCCACGAGAUGCUUCUCAUUGACUUCAGCGAUUCUGACUGAGCCAUGGGAGCUAUGCUGGGCUUGCUGGUGGCCAGGACAUGUCUCCAGGACGUGGAAGCAUCUGCUCUUUCAGUCCUGCCACUGUUUUGGGGUGGCUCCAGCUGUGGGGGUGUUGCAGGGAUGGGGGUGGUGUAAUAAGUGGAGAGUGUGAUGUUGGCUCUCGCAAAGGUUCUAAGUUAUAAGCAGUUAUAAGGCUGAAAGAAGUUCUGUUAAGAUCUGGUGUUUUCAUCUGAAAUGUUGAAAGUUGAAGCACACGAAGGACUGCACGGACUCUGAGAGGCAGGGCAAUGGAGGAGCUGGGUCAGAAGAGUGACAUCUGCACAAGUGUGGGGAGGGUCGGCUCACCAGGGGGCUGGCUCACCAAUAACAUGUAUAAGGGUAUAAUGGGUGUGGGCAGGGUGCCUCUGGCUGCAGCUAUGCACUGAGAGCGUCCCCUUUUCCUUAUUCAGUUCCUUGUUGUGGUUAAAUAAAACCUUUUGAAAUUUUAAAAAGUGCGGUAGUGUUUCCCACACCGUGGCCAUGCUGGAGACAGAAUUUCCCUACUCAAGUUAUGGCCACGAGAUGCUUCUCAUUGACCUCAGCGAUUCCAACAGCACCGUGGGGGCCACGCUGGGCCUGCUGGUGGCCAGGACAUGUCUCCAGGGGGUGGAAGCGUCUGCUUUUGAGUCCUGCCAUUGUUUUGGGUG